UCCAACCAAACUAUAUGAAAGAAUAUCCCGACACACUCUACGCUGACGCUGUGCUUGGUCAUUGAUUUCCCAACUCGGAUUCGGCCAUUGUCUCUUUUCAACACCACGAGAGUGGCUACCAUUCAAGGCAACGGCGGUGUUCACCUCCACCUCCUCCGCCGUCUAUUUCAAACAAUUCCACGCCAUGAACCGCCACCGCCACCGCCUCCGCCACCAGCAGAUUCCAAACUCUCUUUAGCUCUCAAACUUAGGGCUUUCUUCUCCAAUCCAUGACUUCCAUGGCCGCUUCGCCUUUAAGCCCUUUCCUUUCUCUCCGGAACCUCCACCGACCCCCCUCUCCACGUCCGAACACCGUUUCCUGGCCUCGAAAUGGUUUCGGAUCGAUGAAUUCCUUCUCUUCCGUGGUUAAUUCGGGGAAGAAAAUGUCUGUGACUGUGAGGUGUGAUGAUUUCAGCGAAACUGAAACUGAAACUGAUAAUGCCAGUUUCGAUGCCAGUAACUCUGUAAAAGACGAACAGUUCGUUAGGUUUUUUCGCGAGGCUUGGCCCUACUUUCGAGCUCACCGGGGAGGAACCUUUGUUGUCAUUAUUUCCGCUGAAAUUAUUGAUAGCCCUUACUUGAAUCCCAUUUUGAUGGAUAUCUCUCUCCUUCAUGGUUUGGGGAUCAAAUUUGUUCUUGUUUCGGGGACUCAUGUACAAAUUGACAAGCUUUUGGCUAAGAGAGGAAGUGAGCCCAAGUAUGUAGGUCGAUACAGAAUUACUGAUCUGGAUUCCCUCCAGGCAGCAAUGGACGCGGCGGGUAGAAUUCGUAUUAUGAUAGAGGCAAAGCUGUCUCCUGGACCCUCUUUAUGCAAUAUCCGACGACAUGGUGACAAUAGUCGUUGGCAUGAUGUUGGUGUCACUGUCGCUAGUGGUAACUUCCUUGCAGCUAAAAAAAGAGGAGUUGUGGAAGGAAUUGAUUAUGGAGCAACAGGUGAAGUAAAGAAAAUAGAUGUUGCUCGCAUUCGUGAGAGGCUUGAUAAGGAUUAUAUAGUGAUCUUAAGCAAUCUUGGCUAUUCCAGCUCUGGGGAAGUUUUAAAUUGCAACACAUAUGAAGUUGCUACAGCUUGUGCCUUAGCACUUGGCGCAGAGAAGCUUAUUUGCAUUAUAGAUGGGCCAAUCCUGGAUGAGUGUGGACGCCUUAUUCGUUUUUUAACUCUUCAAGAUGCAGACAUGUUAAUUCGUGAACGAGCUAAGCAAAGUGAAAUAGCAGCUAAUUAUGUAAAAGCUGUUAGUGAAAAAGAUCUCACAUGCCUUGUCCACAGUAAGUCCAAUGGAAGUGUUCCCUGUCUGCUGAAUGGGAAGGCCGUUAGUGAUAAGUAUGCUGCAACAUUUCAGAACGGUGUUGGAUUUGACAAUGGCAAUGGACUAUCUGGUGAACAGGGUUUUGCUAUUGGAGGUCAAGAGAGGCUGAGUCGGUUAAAUGGCUACCUUUCUGAAUUAGCUGCUGCAGCUUUUGUUUGCAGAGGAGGCGUUCAGCGAGUUCAUUUGUUAGAUGGCACUAUCGGUGGAGUUUUACUAAUGGAACUAUUUCAAAGAGAUGGAGUUGGGACUAUGGUGGCUAGUGAUCUGUAUGAAGGAACAAGGAUGGCUAGGGUGACAGACGUUCGAAGGAUAAAACAAAUUAUACAGCCUCUAGAAGAAUCUGGCGCAUUGGUCAGAAGGACCGAAGAAGAGCUACUUAAAGCACUGGAUUCAUUCAUUGUUGUGGAGAGAGAGGGUCAUAUCAUUGCGUGUGCUGCUCUUUUUCCUUUCUUUAAAGAAAAGUGUGGAGAAGUUGCUGCUAUUGCUGUUUCUCCUGAAUGCCGUGGGCAAGGACAAGGAGACAAAUUACUUGAUUACAUAGAGAAGAAGGCAUCUUCCCUUGGAUUUGAAAUGCUUUUCCUGCUUACAACACGCACUGCAGAUUGAUUCAUCGUUGUCAAAUUAAUAUUGUUAUCACCAGCACCUUAAAGCAAAGGAUUAUGACCAAAUUGUCAAACCAUUUUCUUGCAUAUUUGUAGUUUGUGUGUUUGGCUGUAGGUAUUCCAAGCCGGGUUAAGCAACAAACUAGGAUGGUUCUGCCUUGGGCAGCUAAAAAUAACCUCGUGUCUGGAACCAAAUCCCUUUGGAAAUUGGAUUUGAAUAAAGGGAAAGGAAAGGAUCUCUUAGAAAUCCUUUAUUUUAGUAUUUGGAGCUAAUCAGAAUUUAGAGGAAAUAAUUUCCCUUAAUUUGGCUGGUUUUGAUGAAGAAUUGGAAAGAAAAAUAGCAUUUGUAGCCCAUUAUGUCCCUAAUGCAUUCAGAGAGUGGGAAACUUAUAAAAGGGGAGAGUAAUAGAGGAAAUUAAUUAGUGUAUUGUAUUUUGUUUUAAGUAAUUUCAAUUCCGUGGAAAUCUAAUUAUUUUUCAAGGAAUUUCAAAUGCGUUUAUUUCCUUUCCAAAUUACUGAUCCCAUCUUAAAUUCCCUUCAUUCCAAGCAUUAAAAAUCCCAUUUGAAAUAUUAUUUCCAUGAAAUCCCCUCACUCCAAGCACACAAGCUACACCAUUUUGGACUUACUUUACACAAAUGCUACUGUCCUAAAGCCCUAUUGUUACGCACUUUGGUGAACUGAUAGAGCAAUGAAACUACCUCAGCACAGCCCUUUUGCACUUCUUGUCCACAACUUUGGUGAAUGUGUAAAUCACAAAUAUUGUAGAUGACCUUUUUGAGCUUGUUCACAGCUUUGGUGAAUGUGCGGUCACCAAAGUUGUGGACAAGGCAAUGUAUGUAGCACUGUUGUUGGUAGAGGGUAGUCUUAUUAUUUGUUUUAAAGUCAAUCACCAACUAUACUUCUGGAAAAUCCGGUAUUUGUUCUUUGCUUUCUUGUUGCCCGCUAUGAAUGAAUUAGUACUAUAACUUUUCGCCGUUUAUUAUUGUUUGUAUAAUUUCAAAGAAUCUCUCUUAUUAUUAUUAUUAUUAUUAUUAUAACUUCAUCUUUGCAAUGGUGCAAUUUAUGUAUU